AUGGUUCAAAAUACAAUUUUAAAGUUGUAUGAUACCAUUAUUAGUUCUGUUGCUAAAAACGAUGAAGGAGUUUUCUUCGUUUAUGGAUAUGGAGAUCCAAGCAGUGAAUUGGCAGCAUUAAUCAAGAUCAGAAAAUUGAUCAUUUGGGAUGAAGCUCCCAUGAUACACAAACAUUGUUUUGAAGCUCUUGAUAGAACAAUGAGGGAUAUUCUAAGAUCAACCCAACCAAACAGUGAAGACAAAGUUUUUGGAGGCAAAGUAGUGGUCUUUGGCGGUGACUUUAGACAAAUCUUGCCUGUCAUACCAAAAGGAAUCAGAAGCAUGAUUGUAAAUGCAAGUCUAAAUUCCUCACAUAUAUGGCAUCAUUGUAAAGUGCUUAAAUUGACUGUCAAUAUGAGGCUAAAAGUUGGAACACAACAAGAUUUACAAGAGAUUCAAGAAUUUGCUGAAUGGAUUUUAAAAGUGGGAGAUGGGGUUCUAGGUGAUGAAAACGAUGGGGAAGCAGAAAUUCAAAUACCGAAGGAUUUGUUAGUGGCUGAAUCAAAUGAUCCCCUUUCAAAGUUGAUUAAUUUUACAUAUCCAGAUAUGCUAAAUAGUUUGCAGGAUCCAAUGUUUUUUCAACAACGUGCUAUUCUUGCACCAACUCAUGAUGUGGUGGGAACCAUAAAUGAGAAGCUGUUAGAAAUGAUGCCCGGUGAGGAGAUGACAUAUCUCAGUUCCGACAACUUAUGUGAAUCUGAAGAUACCAACGCAACUGAUGCAGCUUUGUUCUCAUCAGAAGUAAUAAACGGACUUAGAUUGGCCAGAUUAUCGAAUCAUAAGUUGGUGUUGAAGGUUGGAGUCCCUGUUAUGUUAUUGCGAAACCUUGAUCAACAAAUUGUGUAA